AUGGUCGCCACGACGCCGAUCGCGCCAAACCUCCCAGGUGCCAACCAAGCUGUGUCGGUCGCGGCCUCGGGAUCUGCGGUGGAGUUUGCUGGUUCGGUAGGCAGUGAUGGGGCUUGGCUCAAAGAGUUCCUCAAGGAACGCGGCGUUGGGACCGAUUUGAUGCUGGUUCAUCCAGGGAAACCUAGUGGAAGGGCAAUUAUUCAAACUACGCCUGAAGGAGAAAACGCGAUAUUUCUCUUCCCCGGGACCAACCACGCUUCGUACCCUGCCGAUUCACCAGCUCUGCAGCCAUAUCAUACCCAUCUGCUUCUUCAGAACGAAAUCUUGCUGUCAGAUACGGUUGAAACUCUAAGUGCCGCAUAUCAACAAGGCAUUGUUUCAAUAUUUAACCCCUCCCCGAUGUUGUCGCCAGAAGAGCUGCGUUUAUUCCCCUGGGAGAAGCUUUCGAUUCUCGUGGUUAACCAAGGAGAAGCAAGGUCGCUACUCGACGCCCUCGGGAAGCAGAAUCAGAAGCUGGCCGAUUCUGAGGGCAAAGUGAUACUCGACGCCCUCUACGCUUUACCUACGCUUUCCGGUCUCUCCGGCAUUGUUGUGACAUUGGGCGGAAGCGGCGCAGUUGCAAGUUUCUCGACGCCUAGUCGCCGGGAAACUAUUCAGCUUCCGGCAGCGCAAGUAAAAGUAAUUGAUACCACCGGGGCUGGGGAUACAUUUCUUGGCUACUUAUGCGGUUCGCUAAUGCGAGUUUCUGGAAAAACUUGGGACAUAAGCCAGCUUAAAGAAGCCCUUAAGCGGAGCAUCGUCGCAGCUAGCCUGUCGACAGAGCGACCGGGAGCGAUGAGUAGCAUUCCGUCGAACCUUGAAGUUGAAACCCAGCUUGCAACCUACCACAGCUAUCAGCAUGGUAUCAAGAACUGGCGUUCCCAAGCUGUGUCACCCAACAGCAACUACCACAUCGCGGCUGCAAGCCAAGUCAUCUGUUCUCCAGUCUCUCUGUCCGAAGGCACGAGGAUGGCCUACGUUCGGGGGUAUCAUAACGCACAUAUGGGAGGUCCCCAUGCCCAGGCUUACCCUCCUGCAAAUCACUAUCCGCAGGCCUAUUAUCAGCAGCAACCGCAGCAGCCACAACCGUUUCCCGACAACAUCCGAGAUCCAGUCGCUUUCCACCACAUGUUCAAUGAGCAGCUGUCAACACUGACAUUCAACUCCAAGGCGAUCAUCCAACAUCUCGGCUAUAUAUCGAAGCUUUACGCCAACUCCCCUAUGGCCCCUGUCAUCGCCGAAUCCAUCGAGCGACAAAUACACAAGGUUCCAGCUGCCAUCAAGCUGCCACCCUUUUAUCUUCUGGACUCCAUCGCGAAGAAUAUUGGGCAGCCUUAUAUAUCGUAUUUUACCAAUUUUAUCGUCCGUUUGUUCUUAGAUACGUACCAUGCUGUCGAUGCCCCGACUCGUGGCAAGAUGGAAGAAAUGCUGGUCACAUGGAGGACUGCCCAAUAUGGCAGGGAGCUCUUUGGUCAGAAUGUUCAACUAGCUAUCGAGCGCGGUGUCUGGGGCAGUGGCGCCGCCGAUACACGCAGUGGGCCGGGUCCCUCCAGGCAACAGACCAAGCCAAACAUCAACCAAGUCCUACUCGAGCUCGAUGUCACAUUGAGCAGCAAGGAGCGCAUGCUCGCCGCCAAUCCGAAUGACCGAGAAACAGCAUCGCACAUUGAUGUCUUGGUACAGCUGCGUAGCCUUGUGCAAAGUCGCACCGCCUCCGACGAAGAAUUGGCCGCCAUCCUUACUCAACUUCGCAGCCUCGCCAAGUCAUCCGCAGCAGCUCAGCCUCUACCCCCACCUCCAGUACCUGCACCGGCCCCUGCGCCUCACUACCCGUAUCAACAACAGCAAGCAUCGGCGCCACCACCAGCACCAGCCCCGACACCGGCGUCAUACUAUCAGAAGCCACCGUCUCAUACAUCAACACCAUUAGCUCCCGCUCCCGCGCCGAGUUUCGACCUUGCGGCCUUGUUGAAGACGGCUUCAGCAGCAUCAACACCGACACCUCCGAACCCUGUGGAAACACCCAAGCCGCCAGCUGCAGCACCAAUUAUUCCAAGCGACCUUUUGAAGAAUCUGAUUAGUGCAGCCAACGACUGCGAAGGAGAAACAGGCCGUGUCUGGAAGACCGAGGAUUAUGAUGAGACCAUUUUAGGAGUAGAUAUUCAACUGACUGCAGCGAGUAUCCAAAGAGAGCGUCCUCAAAUGGCAAACCUGUUAUAUAAUCGUCUUCCAUUACAAUGCAAACAGUGCGCUUUGCGCUUCCCUGCGGGCGAAGCCGGAAAGAAGAGUAUGGAGGACCAUCUUGAUUUACAUUUCAAGCAAAACCGCAAGGCAAGAGAAAACACCGGACGUGGCCAUAGCCGCAGUUGGUUCGUUUCGCGUAAUGACUGGAUACAUGGCGCUAGAGAUGCGGGUGAGAGCGUGACGACCGUCAAGGCACAGGCUGCUGCGGCAGAGGAGCGAUUAGCCAAGUUGCGUGAAUCGUAUGUAGUUGUUCCACCUGGCGAGGAGGCCAAGCCUGCGUUGUGCCCAAUAUGCAAAGAAUCAAUUAAGUCCGAGUACCUCGAAGAUGACGAGGAGUGGGUGUGGCGAAAUGCGGUCAACGUCAAGGGUCAGAUCUACCACGCAACAUGUUUUGACGAAGCGGGGCAAGUUGGCUCUCUCGCGUCACGGUUGCGGCUUGAGAUGGGUGCUACAGGCGGACACAGUCGCAGUAGAUCACUAACCCCAGAGCGAUUACCGGCUUCCCCUUUGACACGUAGUCCAGGCGGUACAAUCAGAGUUGCCGGUGUAAAGCGUAAAGCCGAAGACGAGGUGAACGUUAAAAUCGAACCUGGCUUGUCACCUAAACGUAUCGCAGUAUGA